AUCCUGACUUCAAGGACCUUGGUGUUUUGAAACCAUUGCCAGUUUGUGAGUUUGAGAUGGGAGGAUCUGAAGGAAUUGUGGAAUCUCUGCAGAUUGGGAAGGAAGGGAAAGCUUCUGAAACUGAGGCAGUAGACUGUAAAUGGUACAUCCGAGCGCCACCACGAUCCAAGAUAUAUUUACGGUUCUUGGACUAUGAAAUGCAGAAUUCUAAUGAGUGCAAAAGGAAUUUUGUGGCUGUCUAUGAUGGAAGUAGCUCAGUGGAGGAUUUAAAAGCUAAGUUUUGCAGCACUGUUGCUAAUGAUGUGAUGCUGCGCACAGGUCUUGGAGUAAUCCGCAUGUGGGCAGAUGAAGGCAGUCGAAGCAGCCGAUUCCAGAUGCUCUUCACAUCUUUCCAAGAACCUCCCUGUGAAGCCAACACAUUCUUUUGCCAUAGUAAUAUGUGUAUUAAUAAUACAUUGGUCUGCAAUGGACUCCAGAACUGUGUAUAUCCAUGGGAUGAAAACCACUGCAAAGAAAAGAGAAAAGCCAACCUCUUGGACCAGCUUACCAAUACCAGUGGAACUGUAAUUGGGGUCACUUCUUGUAUCGUGGUCCUCCUUAUUGUUAUCUCUGUCAUAGUCCAGAUCAAACAACCUCGUAAAAAAUUUGUCCAGCGGAAAUCAGACUUUGAUCAAACAGUAUUUCAGGAGGUGUUUGAGCCUCCUCAUUAUGAGUUAUGUACUCUGAGAGGGACAGGGGCAACAGCGGACCUUGCAGAUGUUGCAGAUGACUUUGAAAACUAUCAUAAACUGCGGAGAUCAUCUUCCAAAUGCAUUCAUGACCACCACUGUGGAUCACAGUUAUCUAGCACUAAGGGCAGCCGUAGUAACCUCAGCACAAGAGAUACGCCUAUCUUGACAGACAUUCAACCCCAGCCUGUAAAGCCUCUCAUCCAGCCUAUCAACAGGAGAAAUAUUCUUGUCAUGAAACAUAGCUACUCACAAGAUGCUGCAGAUGCGUGCGAGAUAGAUGAAAUAGAAGAGGUACCAACCACGAGUCACAGGCUUUCCAGACAUGAUAAAGCUGUCCAGCGACUGCUUGAAAAUAGUGCGCUCCUGGGUGAUUAUGAAUAUUCUACCGUGAAUUGUGAAAAUCGGCCUUGGAACUGCAAGCUAAAGGUGUUCUGGACUCUGACCAGCUUUUCCAAUUUCAUGAAAAAAAGCAUCAAUCAGUAA